AUGUCUUCUUAUAAUCGAACAAAUCAUGACACAUUAAGUGAAGACAAUAAACCACUAAAACGUAAGUAACUUUUAUUUUCUUUUUUGAGAUUUUUUAAAUCUGAACUUCCUAUUUAAUUGUAAUUUUGCUGGGCGGAAAAUUGAGUCCAAAAAUCAAUUUUUGCAAUUUUCAAAGUAGCAUAGAAUAUGUCAAUCUGUAAUACAAUUAAAAUUAGUCGAAAAUGACACUUUUAAAACUUUAUGACUCGAUAAGACCAACUUUUAUUUUUUUUCAGAUGCAUUUCCAAAACUACAUUUCACAUAUACAAAUCGACAGAAGGAUUUGAAAAAUGAGAUAAAGAGACAGAAAAGUUUUGAUCAGAGAAUCGAACUUCCACGAAAUGAAUCUACUGCAACAUCAACAACAUCAGCAUAUUUGACACCGAAAUUGGAAGCAACUCCAAAACCAUCACCAAUAAUAAAACAGCACUCAUUUAACUCUUCAUAUAAUCCUUAUGAAGAUUCAAAUCAUCGUAUCUCUACGACUGCGCCGAGAGAAUCAGUUUUCUAUCAAACAUCUACAGCUCCUUUAGCGAUUCCAAAACCAUCACCAAUUCCAGUGUCAAAUAUAUCACCGUUGACAAGUUCAUAUGGAUCACCAUCGAGAAAAGUGUCACCCGGUUAUACCGCAAGAAAUUUCUAUGGUGAAUCUGUAUCGCCUUCUAAAAGUUCAAAAUCAUCGAGUUCUUCGAUUCAUGCAACAAAUAGUAACGGAAGCAAUGAAAAAAUGGGCAGCAAGCCAAGUUAUCCCGAUUUAUCAACAUCUUUAUAUAUAACAAAAACAUCGAGGAGUAACAGCACUGCUGAAAAAGAAUCACAAGUUGUGAAAAAAGAGGCACAUUUUGUGAAAUUACGAGAACCAACAAAAGUGGUAUCAUCAAGACCGCCUUCAACAUUAUUCGAACCAUCUCCCAAAACAUUACCGGAUUAUUAUCAACAAAAGAAAACUAAUCCACAACAAGCACAGAAACGUUGGCAAACAGUUAAUUUUGAUACCAGUCAAGAAAAUCGAGUGGCCGCAUUACAAGCCAAUAUCCUCUUUGAUCGAGCUAAAAAUAACGAAGAAGUGAUCAAAAAACAGGCCGAGAAAAAAGUCGAAGCAAAAAAGCCAAUUUUUGUUGCUGAUGCGCUGACUAAUAUUGAAGAUGAUGAUGAAGAUUUCAAAACAUUUUUGAAAAACAUUCAACAACGAAAAAAAGAUGCAAGCGAGUCAAAAAACGUGGAAGGCGCUCUUGCAGGGCGCCAAAUGGAAGUGAGUUGAACUAGUAUUUAUGGUUUUUGAUUUUGAGAGGUAUUUAUAAUUAUAUUUUUUUUUGGUUACAGAAUGUACAAAGUGUGGAAACACUCACAAAAUCAGCAACAGCUCAAAGCAAUGUGAGUUUUUUUUUGAAAUUAAGAAAAUUAGAGUUGAAAAUGAUUCGAUUUUUCUUUUUGAAAAAACAUUGUAAUACUUUUAUAAGAUUGCGAAAUCAUAUUUUACAAACCUGGAAGUAUAACAUUUUUAAUUUCUUGAUAUUUUUUCUUUACUAAAAUUUUUUAGAUCUUGUAACCUUAUCUGCUAGACUUUCUUUGAAUAAAACAUUUCAGGAUCACAUUUAUUAUGAAGAAAUCGAUAUUCCAUUUGACGAGACUGAUGAAUAUUCAAAAAUCACAGAGUUUGCCAAUGAACUCGUUGAUGAUAUAUUUUCUAAUCUAGAAAAUAUUGAUAUUUUUGGUCAUGUUCUUCAAACACGUCUCGAAAACUUGAAUGUAAGUUCCAAGCCAACAAUUUUCUUUUGAAAAUCUCAACUCAAAAUGUUCCAGGUCGAUUAUGACGAUGUCUAUACCCCUUUCAAAGUAAUUCCAACAAUAUCAGAAGAUGCUAAACAAUUCUUUACACCAAGAAACUCUGUUGAAUAA